GAUUCUCUGUUACCGUCACGUUUAUCAAUCUCAAUUCCUCCUCCGCACACGGCCAUUUCCGGUGGCCAUCCCUCUCCAAUCGCCGAACCUCAACCACUGAACUACAAUUUUCCGAUCAUCCCUGUAUUUAUAAAUUACUAACUAAAAAUCAUGGAGGCUCUGAGAGUACAAUCAUUGGCAGAAAAAGGUGAAAUGUCCGUACCAUCUCAUUACGUACAACCACCGGAAAGCAGACCGCAAAGAGAAAACCCUAACCCUAAACCUAUUUCUAACGUAAAGGCAAUACCAUUAAUAGAUCUCAGUAAUCCACGAACGAACCUUCUCGAAGAACUUAGAAAAGCGUGCAAAGAAUGGGGAGCAUUUCACGUGAUAAACCAUAGGGUUCCGGUUGGUUUGUUAGAUGAUAUGAGGCGUGUAGGUCGGACUUUCUUUGAAGAGCGUACGAUGGAAGAGAAGCUUAGGUAUUCAUGCGAUUCUGGUUCUGCUGCUUCUGAAGGAUAUGGCAGUCGCAUGCUCGUAGCGUCCAAUGACACCGUUUUGGACUGGAGAGAUUAUUUCGAUCACCACACUUUGCCCUUAUCUCGUCGCGAUCCUUCUCGAUGGCCUGACUCUCCUGCCGAUUACAGAAAAGUUGUGACAGCAUAUAGCGAUCACAUGAAAGCCCUUGCGCAAGAACUUCUGGGUUUAGUCUCUGAGAGUCUAGGCUUGACAUGUCAGUCCAUAGAAAAUGUUGUUGGCGAUUUCUACCAAAACAUCACUAUGAGUUACUAUCCACCUUGCCCUCAACCGGAGCUUACUCUUGGUCUGCAAUCACAUUCUGACAUGGGUGCCAUUACUCUUCUCAUCCAAGAUGAUGUAGGGGGUCUUGAGGUUUUCAACAAUGGAGAAUGGGUUACCGUAAAUCCAAUGUCAGAUGCUAUUUGUGUCAUCUUAGCGGACCAAACUGAGAUCGUAUCUAACGGUGAGUAUAGAAGUGCUCAACAUCGGGCAGUGACGAAUGCUAGAAGAGCCCGGCUUUCAGUUGCCACUUUUCAUGACCCUGCAAAGACUAGGCAAAUUUCUCCAGCAUUCAAUCCGCCUAAAUAUCACCCAGUGAUUUAUGGCGACUAUGUUUCAUCAUGGUACACAAAAGGGCCUGAAGGGAAGCGGAACCUUGAUGCACUUCUAUAUUAACUGCCAACUCAAUUAGACUGCUUUCUGUGCAUUCAUUCAAUAUAGGAAGAGUGAUCAGAUUUGUGUUACUUUGACCAACAUUUGUGGUUCCAGCAGAUUUUAAAGAAUAAUAGGGUGCUGUUGAUCAGAAUGGUUAUCGAUUAUCAUAUUCCUCCAAAAGCAAAAAGCAUAUUGGUGCAGAAAAAAGAUCUGUACCAUGUAAGUAUUCCUGUGUUACAUUAGCUGGACGUUGUUUUAGUGCUUUUUAUUCCAUGUCUUAGUAAAGAUAAUUGUAAAAUUGUCACAGUGUAACAUUCCUCCUGCUAAAGGUGAAUAAGAUGUUACCAGAAUAGCUUUCACUUAACAUAGCACAAGUUAGUCA